GAAGACUCGGAAGAGGACGUGGUGUGGACGUUACAUUUACUUGUUGGCAUGAAAAUUGUAUGAAAUUGAUUAUUACGAUCAUUAAAUUGUAAAAAAAACGCUGUAAUAAUGUUGGUGCUGUUCGAGACCUCGGCCGGUUACGCGAUAUUUAAGGUUCUAGAUGAAAACAAACUCGCCCAGUCGGAGGAUCUUCACAAGGACUUUGAGACUCCAGAAGCCGCCAGUAGAUUACUUAAGUUAACGUACUUUCACAAGUUUGAGGACACCACCGAAGCAUUAUGCGCCGCUACGGCGCUUGUAAACAGCAAGUUAUCCAAAUCUUUGAAGAAAACGCUCAGGAACUGCUGCAUCGAGGCUCAUGAACAGCUGGCGGUUGCAGAUGCCAAACUGGGCUGUGCCAUCAAGGAUAAGCUGCAGUUAUCCUGUGUAAGCAACACGGCAGUGCAGGAGUUGAUGCGAUGCAUCAGAAGUCAAUUGGAUGGUUUGAUAAGUGGGGUGACCGAGAAAGACAGGACAGCCAUGACACUGGGCCUGGCGCACAAUCUUUCCAGAUACAAGCUGAAGUUCUCACCCGACAAAGUCGAUACCAUGGUAAUACAGGCAGUAUGCUUGCUGGAUGAUCUGGAUAAGGAGCUCAAUAAUUACAUAAUGCGAGCGCGCGAAUGGUACGGUUGGCACUUUCCUGAGCUAGGCAAAAUCGUGACUGACAAUCUUCAGUACAUAAAGACGAUGCAUAUACUUGGUCAACGAGAGAACGCUAUCAAAUGUGAUCUGUCAGAUAUUCUGACAGAGGAAGUCGAGGGGAGAGUGAAGGAGGCGGCGGAAACCUCGAUGGGCUCAGAGAUCUCGGAAUACGACGCUGAACACAUGCAAUGCUUAUGUGUUGAGAUACUUGAGCUUCAUCAAUACCGAUCCCAGCUGUGCGAUUAUUUGAAGACUAGGAUGAUGGCAUUAGCGCCAAACCUGACGGUUCUCGUCGGCGAUCUGAUCGGUGCCCGUCUGAUAUCUAAGGCCGGUUCUCUGACAAGUCUUGCUAAACAUCCAGCAUCUACUUUACAAAUUCUCGGUGCAGAGAAGGCACUGUUCCGUGCUCUUAAAUCGAAGAAGAACACACCCAAGUAUGGCUUGAUCUAUCAUUCACAACUUGUCGGACAGUCCUCGAACAAAAACAAGGGUAAAAUAUCCAGAAUGUUGGCAGCAAAAGCCUCUUUAGCAACAAGAGUUGAUGCAUUGGGAGAUACUACAAGCUUCGAACUUGGCGCGGAGCACAAAGUGAAAUUGGAGGCACGAUUAAGAGUGCUUGAAGAAGGUAAUAUCCGUCGGAUAAGUGGCACUGCCAAAGCAAAGGCCAAAUUCGAAAAAUAUCAAGUCAAAAACGAAUACAUGCAGUAUUCAACAUCUGUAGACUCAACACUGACAACUAAGAAGAGGCCAUUAAUUGAAGAGAUCGAAACGAAGGAGAGCGAGGAAGUGCCUAAAAAGAAGAAGAAGAAAUACAGCACGAGUUCUGAACGGAUCAAGGAAGAAAUGAAGGAGGAAGAACCGCAAACGGAAAUAGAGUCGGUUACUAUACCGAAGAAAAAGAAAAAACAUAGUCUAGAGCUCAAAACUGAAGACAUAGCAGGAGCUUCUAAUGUUAAAGAAGAGGAACAAGUGAAGACGGAGCAGACUACUGUGUCUAAGAAAAAGAAGAAACAUAGUUUAGAAUUUAAUAUAGAACAAGGAGAAUUUUCUGGUGCAGAAAUAAAAACGGAACCCGUUGUUCCAAAAAAGAGCAAGAAAUAUUGUGUUCAGUCCAAAAUAGAUGACACAUCACUAGCUUCUAGUAUUAAGGAAGAAGCGCCAGCUGAGGCAUCUCUAAAAGAAACGUUUAAAGAUGUUCCAGUCGAAGCUGGAACAAGUGAAAGUAAGAAGAAAAAGAAAAAGAAAAAGGAAAAAGAAAGCGAGGAGCUGCAACAAACAGUAUCUGCUGAAGAGGUGGAGGAACCAGUUUCGAGUGAGAAAAAGAAAAAGAAAAAAAAGAAAUCAAAGCAAGAAAUUUGAACCUCGACAAUUUUCGAAUAAUCCUAUAUAAAUAGGUAUAAAGAAUAAGAAUAUUUUUAAUUAAAUACGAAAGCUAAAGUAAAGAAGCUAGAGAAAUCUGAGAUUUGCUAUCGAAGUAUUUUUUUCUCAGGACUACAUUUUAAUUAAAAAUCAAAGUUGGCGAAUAGGAUUAUUAAUCGAGAUAAUAGCUUAGUCUAAGCAUCAAUAUUCUAUAUAUUAACAAGGAUUCA